AUACACAAAAUGUUUUGUGAGGAAAGAAUGAAACUAAAGAUGGAGCUAACUAAGGAUGGACAAAGAGUAUCUUUAACCACAGAUUGUUGGACAUCCUCUACUCAAAUGUCUUACAUGUGUCUCACUGCACACUAUAUUGACAGUGAUUGGAGUUUGCAAAAAAGAAUCAUAAAUUUUUGUCAAAUUCCUAAUCAUAAGGGUGAGACAAUUGGUAAGGUGAUGGAAGCUUGUUUGCUCGGUUGGGGAAUAGAAAGGGUUUUUUCUGUGACUGUUGAUAACGCAUCAGCGAAUGAUGUGGCUAUUGCCUUUUUGAAGAGGAGGGUAAAUGCAUGGAAUGGAUCUCUUCUUGAAGGCGAGUUCAUGCAUUUUAGGUGUGGUGCUCACAUAAUAAAUUUAAUUGUGAAUGAAGGCUUAAAAGACAUGCAUGACUCCAUUGUUGCCAUUCGUAACUGUGUAAGAUAUAUUCGGUCAUCUCCGGCAAGGUUGCAAAAGUUCAAAGUGACUGCGGAAACAGUAAGAAUUGAUUACAAGGUUAGUUGCUGAUUUUUUUUUAUUAUGAGUAAUUUUAGUAUUAUUUUUAUUUGCUGAUUUUUUUUAUUAUGAGUAAUUUUAGUAUUAUUUUUAUUUGCUGAUUUUUUUUUUAUUAUGAGUAAUUUUAGUAUUAUUUUUAUUUGCUGAUUUAUUUUCUUUUUAUACAAGGGGUGGUUAAUUUUAGAUGUUCCUACAAGAUGGAACUCGACUUACAUGAUGUUAGAGGUUGCCUUAAAGUUUGAAAAAGCUUUUCCAAGGUAUGGAGAUGAUGAUGAGAAGUUUGUGAGUUACUUCAUGGAACAAGAAAAUGGAAAAAAGAGGGUUGGACCACCUACUUCUAGUGAUUGGGAGUGUGCUACGGUAUUUGUCAAAUUUCUUAAAACUUUCUAUGAAGUUACUUUAAAGUUUAGUGGUUCAUUACAUGUAACUUCUAACAACUUUUAUCAUGAGAUAUGUGAGAUACACACUCAAUUGGGAGAUUAGUGUGGUAGUAGUGACCCUUUGCUAUCUACCAUGGCUGCCAAUAUGAGAAGGAAGUAUGACAAAUAUUGGGGCAAUGCUGAAAAUAUCAAUCCUUUUUUAUUUUUGGCUAUUGUGGUUGAUCCAAGGUACAAGUUAAAGUAUUUGAAAUAUUUGUUUGAGACCAUUUACGAAGCUGAAAUUGUUGCUAAGAUCGUUGUUAAGGUGGAACAAGUCCUUCAACGUUUGUUCACUUCCUAUAAUGCGAUGAAUGGGAAUAAAGAUGAUAAGGUUUCUAAAAGUGAUUCACUAGUACCAACUUGUGAUCUCAAACAAUCCAAUAGGAGUAGACUAUUGGCAAAUUACUUACAGCAACGACAGAUGGUUGUGGAUGACCAAAUGAACGAUGUGGAGCGAUAUUUGCUUGAUGAUCCUGUCAACCCAUUGACCCCCUCAUUUGACAUUCUACUUUGGUGGAAGGAUAACUCUAGUAGGUAUAAAAUUAUGUCAUUAAUUGCUAAAGAUAUACUUGCUAUUCCUGUGUCAACUGUGGCCUCUGAGUCUGCAUUUAGUACUAGUGGACGCAUUUUAGACUCUUUUAGGAGUUCUUUGAGCCCUAAAAUGGUGGAGGCAUUAGUUUGCACUCAAAAUUGGAUGAAAGGAAAUCAUGAGGGGAUUCAAAUGAGGGAGUAUUUGGAUGAAAUUCAAGCUUAUGAUUUUCUUGAACAAGAAAAUAAAGUUGACCUCAAGGCUACAUCACCAAAACCAUAGAGUAUUAUUGACAUUGUUGAUUGAGGCCUACAUGAGAACUUAUUUUAUUUUGUUCAAGUUUGCUAUGGAUCAUUUUAGCGUUUUAAGACUUUGGAUGAUUGUAAUUUUAAUGUUUUAAGACUUUGGAUGAUUGUAAUUUUAAUGUUUUAAGACUUUGGAUGUUUGAAGACUUUGGAUGAUUGUAAUUUCUUUAACUUUGGAUGCUUAUGUUUAUGUUUGAACUUUUAUGAAAAUCUGAUUUUUUUUUUAUAUGACAUAAGGGUUGUAACCCAACCCAACCCAACCCAUAAAAGGAAAAAAUGGGUUGGGUUAGAAAAAAUUCAGGAUAUUAUUGGGUUGAAAUUUUCUGGGCCGAUGCUAUUGGGUUGGAUCAUUAAAAUAGCCUCAACCCGGCCAACCCAACCCAUGCUCAGCCCUAGCCUUCACUAUCUAUUUAUAGCAUUCCACUAGGGUUAGGUUUGAAUUAUUUGGCAUUAAAAUAAUGAAAAUAUCAAAGGGAAAACCCUAUAAAAGUGGCUGGCCAUGCAUAGUGGAUUUGGGCCUCACUUUUUGCAAUUUUGCAGUUUUAUCUUUUCUGCAUCUGAUUUUCUCAAAAACGCCAAUUUUCUAAUUCAACCAUUUAAAUGUCAAUUCUAACUA